GUCAGUUGAAUACGAGAUUCCUUCAUCAAGUAAUUUUGAUUAAGAGAAUUGAUCACUUAUAAAUAUCGUCAUAAAACAUACUAAUGCUAUUCCUGAAAAUUGUUUCUUACCAAAUUCGAAUAUUUAGCCUUUUUUAUUCAAGUGAAAGACUGAUCUCUAAAGAUGAAACAUAAUUACUGGGCAUAAGUAGGGCGUGAUAUAUUUGCCACAACACUUUAUAUCACGUGACAUAAGCUUCCAUGUGACUUCAUGUGGUUCUGUCGGUUACAAAAUACCACUGAAAGUUUUCAACUGAAGAAUAGGCCACUUGCACUGAGAGGUCACGUGACCAAUGCUUCCUUUCAACAAUGAGUUGGAAUCUUGCUGAUGCCAAAAAUGAACAGAGCACAUAAAAAUUAUCUUACACCCGAAAUUUGAGAGGAAACGCAUUUAAGGGAGAUAUUUUUUAGCACUUUGAUUUUUCAACAAUUUAGUAUGAUUUGUAUUGGCCGCCAUGUUGGAGGGCAUACUCUUGCCCUCCAACAUGGCGGCCAAACCUAGUUUUUGCUUAUAUCUUGUUAAACAUUUGAUAGUUACCCUCAGAUACGCUGUAAACGUUACCACAUCAUCUUUUCAACAUUUUUCUUGAAGUUUAAGUGAAAAAUUUGUGUUCAGAGAGAGGUAAUUCAUGUUUUUAAAAAUCACAUUUUGGUCACGUGACCAGAUACGAACUUACUUAUUUCAAGAAAAUGGUGCGGGUUUGAAAAACCAAAUCACCAUUAUUUUGUUUAAGAUAUGACCCUAGCUCCAAUUGUUUUCCGUAUAACUUUCAUUUUCAUAAAAACGAUGUCACAUGACCUCUUAGUGCAAAUGGCCUAUUCAUAAAUGGAAGCAAUUUAUUGCGGGAUUGUUUUAUUGGUUAUACAAUUCUAAAUUUUGAUAGAUAUAAUUUGUAAAAUGUUCACACACAAAACAAUUGAAUAAAUAAGAACAAGAAAAGUAUUUAAGAAAUACAAAGGUUUAUAAGAGUUGGUGAGUAUCUCACUGUCAAAAUAAAUGCGAAUAAUUAUCUCUCAGUUAAUUCAUACAUUACAUAUGUAUCUCGGAUAUAAUGAUUAAGUAGUUUUCAGCUCCUUAGAUGUUCAAAAGAUUCUGUUUCACGCCAAUAUUAGAUGUAAGCAUGGCUGAUUAUUAUUAUGUCAGUCUGAAUGGACAGAGAUAAAUCAAGGCAAAAACUAUCUAAACUUGUUUGAAAAGGGAAGUUGUGUUAGUGACCAUCAAAAUGCAUGAAUCAUUUUCAGGCUUUUCCUGUUUGUUUUUUUCAAAGCUUUUCAAAUUGGUAAAGAGAUCAUAAUGCGAUGCACUCGAAGUGGCUCUACAAUGAAAAGCCUUUAUCACAUACAAGUUUAAUUCUUUUCAAAAUUAACGUUAUAACCGUAGUUCAUAAAAACUCUACAUCUGGAAUAAAUGCCCUUUCCCCCAUGAAGACAGAUUGCUGUUCGUGUAUUUGAGGACCUUUUAGGGGUGUAACUGUACAGACCUUCAGUGUAUGUAUAACAGAAAAUGGUUUUAUUGUCAUAAUUUAAGGAAUACCAGCAGUCAUCGUUGGCUUGGUGGCUGCUAUUCGUCCUUCUUCUUAUGACAUGGGGAAAAGUUUCUAUAAGAACAUUACAUGCGGAUCAUUGAAAAUUGCCGCGAAGAUCGAAAGAACCAGGUACACUGACAUUACAUUGACAACCUUACUGUUACUGCAGUUCAAUACCAUUAUAGUAGUAAAUAAUUUUCGGCCAUCUCACUAUUCUCAAUCAUCAUCAUUAUCAUGAUCAUCAUCAUCGUCACCAACAUCAUCGACAUCGUCAUAAAUAUCAUGAACAACCACACCUCAAACACGACAUGAUCGUUAUCAUCCGGCGAGCAUCAUCAUUUUAAAGGUUAUUAGCUCGCUUUAAAUUAUUCCUGUGUUUACAGAUGCUGGAUAAACGGAAGUCAGUGGAUUUACCAGGGUCCAGUUUUAGCAAUUCUCUUGGUGAGCACCAAUGAUUUCACAUGACAUUCACGCAGCCCUUACCCAAGUUUGAGGGUGAAAUUUGCAUUAUUGUUGGUUUUCACACGACGUCACUAAAAUUCAAACUAAAAAAAUAUCGAUCCUACCGGGAUUUUACUUUCACGAUGCAUUAGAGCAGCUGAAAACUAAUUUUCAUACAAAUUUUCGCUUCAAAAGGGUUCUUGGUUUUGUGAUAGAGUACGCUUGAAUUACUAAGCUUUUGCGUGACGUGGCAUUUACAUGACGGCCAAGAGAGCUGUCAUUUGGGUUAAAAAAAUGACUUAUUUCAGGAAAUUUUGCUAUUGGAACAGUUCAUGUAUUAGAAAAAGUACUACUUUAAUGUUUAUGAGUUUCUCGAAGAAUGAAUUCACGCUUUUGUAGCAAAACUCGGUAACAGAUGUUUCUGUUGGUUUCCGUCCGCUAUGUUGGAGCUCAUCCAGGUGAGCACCAGCAUGGCGUCUCCAUACAAAUCUCUAAGUCUGGGUAAAACAUUUCUUCGCAUAUCUCGUAUACGAAAUAUUCCUCUGACCUGAAUCUUGGCGAGGGUCUUUGUAUAUGUACCUCCUUUCAUUUCCCAGAUUCUGGACUUUAUGUAUUGAACGGUUUUGAUUUUUAUUUUGAUCUAUUUUGAAUGGCGUGACACUGAAAACCAGUAAUUAAGAAUUAAACCCGUGGCCCUCAACUAACGAAAACACAUUGUAGUUCAAAUUGGAAUUUGUGGGUUUUGGAACACAGAGGAAAUUCGAAGUACCCGAAGGGAAACCUCUCGAAGAAAACAAAAACAACAAUAACAACAACCAAAUCAGCCUUCGUAAGGUGUCCAACCAGGGACUUAAAACCAGGCCUCAUUGGUGGAAGAGAAGGCGGGGGGGGGACUCUCACAACUAUACCAGCCCUAGUGCUCUUCCUCUUUGGACCAUGAAGUCUAAGCUUACCACAUAUAUAUGCUGCAUACUCAGAAGUAGAUUGCCUAGACGGAGUUUCGAAAGCAGGUUUGGGUUCGAGGCAUGACAGCCCCUUCAAUAUGUAGUUAAAUUUUUACUUCUCGCAGAUAACAUGGAUGAGGGUGCAAUACAAAUCGAGAAGUGUGUCAUUUGGAAAUGUUAUUGCUCAUUGAAACAAAUUAAAAUUCAUCUUUUGACUCACAGCAGUUUACAUUCAAGCUUACCCAGUGUUGUUUAAUUACUGGUGACCUCCCCCUUCGGGAUUUCAUUUUAGCCCCUUUCACUGGCAGUUCAACGGCAUUAUUUUUUACAUUGCAGAUAAACUUGAUUCUGUUCGUGGUCAUUUUGAGAGUUGUAUUUGGUAAAAUAUCCAGGAAAUAUGGCAAAAAUAAAAUAAGCGCUACAAGGUAAGUUCACUUGUACAACAAUAAGAAGGCUCGAUACUAAAUUAUUUCUACUAUUCCUGUAGGUUAAUUUACAACUACGAAAAAUAGCUAUUGAGAACACUUGAUAGAUUGCGCAAUUUAUAGUAACAUGCUUUUAAAAAAUCGUGAAUGUCUCUUUAUAGGAGAGGCAUAAAAGUACUCUUGCCCUGCUUCCCCUUCUUGGGGUCACGUGGUUGUUGGGAUUCUUUGUUGAUUUCCACGAUUCCUUGAAGUAUGCUUUUAUUUUGGUGAACUCUUUAAUGGUAAGUACCGGUAAAUCUCCAUGGGUAACUUUGAAUUAUUGAUGUAUUUGUCCCUAGAGUAGACCACUUUCAGCUGCUCGUUAAUUAGCAGUCUUUUUCUAGAGAAAUAGAAGUAUCAUGACUUCUGAUAACCGAUAAGACUCAAGCUAGUGCUCAAGUGAUAAAGAAAUCAAGAACGCUUCUUUGCCAAAAACUAGCGAGGCUGACAGAGAAUAUUUGUUGAGAGUUUGAAAACAGAAGUCCCCUUGCCAUACGUGCUGAUUCAGUAUUUGUUUUUUUUCAUAGGGACUUGUUUUUUGCAUCUUCCAUUGUGUUUUGGAUGACCAGGUAAGAGGCAUGGUGAAUUCUCAGCCGUUUGCUAGUUUUCCUAUUGAACAGGUGAGCGACAAUCAGUUAAUGACAGUUGAAUGCAUGACCAACUACAGUGGAACCUUGAUAUGACGAACUCUACAUAACGAAGCCCUCGGUAUAACGAACAAUUUUCUUUACCCCAGCAAUAGUAACAUGUAUAAAAAAGAACCUUGAUAUAACGAAACAUCGAUAAAGAGAACAAAUUUUGCCAGUCUCCUGGCCCUUCGUUGAAUUGAGGUUACACUGUAAAUAUACAUGUUCAUCACUCAACUAUUUCUAUACCAGUUUAGAGAGGCUCUGCGAGCACGUAAAGCCCGUAGAAGAAAACAGUCACACCAGAAAACAGGAACAACGCCCGCCUCCAAUCCCACGACACCAACUGCCGACAGAAACAGUCGCAUUGACAAGUUUGUAUUUUCUGGUAAGGAAGAGAGUAUAAGGAAGAAAAAAAAAUGAAAAUGAAAGAAAGAGGAAAAAAAUAAGACGAGAAAUAAUUAGAGAAAUCAGUUGAAUGAUUUCAUUUUUUAUUUAUCAAUGCAUUUUUACAUGUAACGUUUUCUCUAUAACUCGGUGAGUAUAAACACACACGUAAACAAGAAAGAGUUAGUUGAGGCCUUUAUGACAAGUACUGUUUUAAAAAGUUUCUCUAAAACAUGCCUCAAAAGUGCCCAAAAAUGAGGGAAUAAGUUUCAAAGAAACUGCGGCGCUACCUCGAUCGUUGGGGAGUAGAAAAAAAAAUUAACUAAAAAUAAAAAAACUAAUUCAAUAAAACCCUUAAGAAAAAUAUUCAAAUGCUGAGAUUCCGAGCUCUAGCAGCUCAGCCGAGAGCAAACAGACUUGAGUCGAGAGAGCUCGCAUGUAGAUCUCCGUUGAAAGAGAGACAACAUAAUAAAAUUCGUUGCGUUUAUUCAGCAGAAAACAGUAAUGGAAAAGAGGAUGUGAUUAGAGUAAUAAGCGAAGGACAAGAUGAGUCCAGGAUCUGA